AUGAUUUAUGGGGCUGUCCAGGGAGUGGUCGACGCGGUCCUCUCUCCCCUCGCCGAUGCCGAGCCGGAGCUCUUCACCUCUACGGAGCGGCUGCCGGCUCCGGCCGCUCAGGGCGCCGCACUCGCUCUCACCUGGGUCGCCGCCGCGCUCCUUCUGCGCCUGUACGACCCGUCGCUCACGCGAGGCGACGCGGCGCAGGCCGGCACCGCCUGUAUCGCCACGUGGGCAGGAGCGGUCGCGCUCGCGGAGGGUGGACUGCUCCUCCUCUCCAGCGCCGGGAUCGGCCCUGGCCCGCUAGAUGUUGCAGAGCUCGGCUUCCUCACGGGGUCGCUGAGCGUGCUCGCGGGCUGGCGAUGGAUCCUGUGGCGGACGGUCGGUGGAGGCUAA